CAAUUUAAAAUAAAUGAUUGCCAUUCAUUAUAAAUAAAUUUCUUUCAAAAAUAAGACUCAAAUAACUCUUUAUAUUAUUUAAAUUAACAAUGACAACGUACAACCAUGUUGGCUUAUUAAUACACAACACCAGAGUGGGCGUGUCACCAUAAAAAUUGACAACAUUGAAAAAGAAAUAAUACUUUGAACCAAUCAGAAGACAGAUCAGAAGAAAACUUUUUUUUUCAAUACUUUGUGUUUGAAAUUUUCAUAUUUUGUUUGUUGUUAUUUUUUUUCAUAGCUAUAUUUGUCAUAGAAAAAUGAAAAAAUGUUCACCCUUACAGAUGACACUUUUUAAAGUUGUUUAUUUUAAGAUGCAUAGUUUUAUCAUAUUUUUAAAGUUGUUUUGAAAUUAAAUCAAAAGUGCAUUGCACUUGGAGAAGCAAAAUAAAUACUUUAACUUUCAUUUUUUUCAUUCUUUAUAGACACUGCACUUGUAGAAGAAAUUAACUCAAAAUGCAUACUUUCAUCAUCUUUUCAAAAAAAUUUGGUGAGCACUAAUAGAAAAUCUAUGCUUUACCUUGUAGUUUUCUUCAAGAUUUAUACAAAUACUCCUACUCCUGAUACGACUACACAUGCCAUUAAUUGCCAUGAUCGACUCAAGAAGAAGGAUAAAGUUAGGUUACUGGAUAUUUUGAAGAAGUAUAACCAUGAAGAUGCUGAUAUUGUUAAACUCGAUAAGGAACUAGAUGAUGCCAUAAACUGCCUCCUGCAUAACAUUGAGAAUGAAAUUGAUAGCUUGAAAGCACACAAGGCAAUGAACCAAUAUCUGAUUAAGAAAAUGAAGAACGAGCACACAGUUCUCAGAGAUGAGAAGGAAAGCAUCCAGAAACAGCUAGAACUGGCUAGUAGAAGUUACAGUGGGCAGAACAGAUGCAAGAGCAAAGAGGUUGACCUACUGAACAUUGCAUAUAAUAAAUUGGAUCAGAAGGAGGGAAGCACGAGAAAGCGAAUUGCUAUUUUGAAAGCUGAGCUCACCCGCAUUAUUUCAAAGCUAGACAUGCCAAAAUCUAAGAAGGAAAAGCCUAUUGUUCCUCCUCUUUAUCUAUCAAAACUUGGUGAGUGCAAAGUUUUGCCACCAUUGAGGUAUGCACCAAAAGCACCAAGAAAAGGUGUAAACAUAAAUUCUUUGGCCAAGGAAAACGUCACUGACUUAAACACUGGUAAUAAGAGGAGAAUGAGGGCUUCAGAACCAAAGCUGUCCAACAGCACACCUAUCCUGCAGAAUCAUGCUUUUGUGAGACCAGCUCCUUCUGUAAAAGAUAACAGUAAAAUAUAUCCAAAUAAAACUGGUGCACUAAAUGGUCCAAGGAACCAGCAUGAUAAAAAGACUGUCAGACAGGUUAUAAACCAAAAAAGGCCAGUUAUUACAAGGAAAGAUGAGGGCACACAGGCAGAUAUUCUCAAGCUCCCUGAUAUUGUCAAAGGUUCUCAAAUGAUGGAUAAAUCCAGGAUUGUUCCAAAGCAAUCCUGUGAAUCCAGAAGAACUGCAACAAGGCGUGCAGCUAGGAAACCUACUAACCAGGAGAGACCACCAUUUUGUUUUUAG